AAUUUCUCACGUUACCUGUCUUACAAGAGAGACAACAACGAACUAUUGUUCUUCUUGCUGCGACAACUGGUACAUGAACAAACUACCUACAUGCGUUCUCGCUACGGCCCCGAUCACGACCUUGUUCAAGUCUCUGAGAAAGAUCUUCUGGACCGGGCACGACAGAUCAACAUUAUGAACCUGCCAGCCGUUCUUUGAGAGUGACAUCUCAAGGCUAACAGCUUCACACAUGAUUCCAAGAGAAAACUGAUCAUUCAGGCAGUUUAAGCUGUCUUGUCAGCUGUAACUUCUAGCUGCUGGUGUAAAGGUUACAAUAGAAGCAAGAGUUUGACUGUUAGACAACCUACCAUGAAUGAAGACCAAGGAUCAAACUCUUAAUUUACCUUUUUAAGAACAACAAAAAUUUGUUCAUUGUGUAUUAGAUAUGUACAGUUUUUUAAGUCUUCUAGUUUUUUAGUUCAACUUUGUGUUACAUGUAUAUUUGCAUUGAUGAAUUAUGACAAUGUGUUAAGUGUGAGAAUUAUGACUGAAGUGUGGAAGUGUAAGUGUUAGUGCUGGAAGUGAAGUGCCUCUUGUUUAGUUGAAUUAUUGGGACCAAUUACCUAUUAAAUUGUAUUAAUUGA